GAUAUGAAAUUAGUUUUAAUUCCUCCUUCUUAUUUACUUACCUUCUAAUGAAGAUUCAAUAUUCAUUAUGUAUGUAAUUCUUAUUAAAAUGAUAACAUAAAUGUCAAUAUUCUAUAAAAUAAGAUCAUACCCAUAUAGAAAUAUGGAUAGAUAUUAUAAUGGUAUAAUGUUUUUAUUAUAACAUCAUAUCUCAUGAGUUGUGCUGUAGAUAUUUAUGAUUUUGGAUCACAUUUCAAAUGGAUUACUCGUAAUAAUGUUGAUAUGAAUGAAGAAAACAAUCGUCAUAUAAAUAAUGAUAAUAUAAAUUAUAAUCAAUUUAUGGAUUCAAUGCGUUUUACAAUUCAAGAUCUUGUUCAACAAGAAAGUUGUAUUGGUUCAUCAAAUUAUCCAGUUGAUAAACCAUCACGUCUUGUUCAAAUUGAAUGUCGUAAACCAGGAUGUCGUUGUGUGCUUAAAAACGAACAUGCUCUAGCUAUGAAAAUUGUACCUGGUAUAACAUUAGUUCAAGCUGAAUGGUUAUUACCAAAUUCUGUUGUUUCAAAUAAUGAAAAAUCACGAUUGAAUCAUACUUCUCAACAUAUUGUAAAUAAUACAUCUAAUAAUAAGAAUGCUUAUAACCAGAGUUUACCAAACUUUAAUCAAAUUAAAUCAUCUUGUCCACAUUCUGUUGUUCUUACUUCCUGUUGUCCAUCUUGGUUCGAAUUAGUACGAAGAAAUGUUAUUGGACCAUCCGAUAAUGGACCUCAAAUCUGUCCAGAAGUUCCUGUUUGGUCAAGUUGUAAAGCGGUUUGGCGAGCCAAACCAAAAUUUUUUCUAUUAAGAAAAGAUACUCAGUGUUUAUUCGCAACUAAUACUCAGUCACUUACCAUGAGUUCAACUGAACUACUUAAAAAGGAUGAUCGUUCCACUAUAACAUUAGAUGCAGAUAAUAUUGGUAUUCUUCGACCUGGAACUGUAUUACAACUAAUUGAUUGUCGACUGUGUCGUCUUGUACACAAAGAAGAUCAAAUUUCUUAUCGGCUUUCUGCGCGUCAUCGUUCAAAACCUGUUUCUAUGCUUCAAUGUGCAGUUGUUGGUGGUAAAGCACUAGCUGCUUUAGCUUCAUCAAUUACAAAUUUAUCUCCCCAAGAUGCAUUGAAUUGGUUCAGUACUGGUCCUCGUUUAGUUUAUUUAUCUUUAGCUUCGAAAUCGAUAAUGUGCAGUCCCGUGAAAACAACAUCCACAAUUAGCGUAAAUAAUAAUUAUGGUAAUCAUAAUAAGAAUUCUAGUCAAAUUAAAUUAUCAGGCAAUGAGACAGAUUACAGCAUUUUCGAUAAUGGAGUUCAUAGUAUCUUAUCGUUACUCAGCACUUAUCGACUCCCUUUAAUUACACGUCCUGUAGUUGGAUUACGUUCAAGUGAAUGGUUUUUCAUGGGAAAAUGUACAAAUCAUUCGUUAAUAUCAAAUCCAGACUCUGUCAAUAUGCAUUCAUUAUUACAGAUAUUCUCAUGUCAUCAUGGGGAUCUUAUAUUUCUAGAACCUUUAUCCGAUUGCACUAAAUCUGUUUAUCAGAAUGAAUCAUCAAAUGAAACAAUUAAAAGUCGAUUUUUUGUAGUUACCACUGAUAUGUUAUUACAUCAUAAUUUCUUAGUUGCAGACUCACAAACAUGUCAAGCAUAUCAACAACAACUUGAAAUACAUGCAUUUAGAGUAUCACACUUUCUAGCUGCAUGUCAUCCUGUUCAAGGUUUAACAUAUAUUUUAAAACAUUUAGAAGAUAUUACACAUUCAUCAAAUACUGGACCAUCAUAUAUUCCAUUAACUAGAACACUUGGACCAAUUACUAAUCGUUUCAAUACUAUUGCUAUUCAAUCGGCUAUUUCAAGUAUAGCUGCAAUUGCUUCUUUAACUAUGCAUGAAGAAUCUAAUGAUAUACCAAAUGAUCCGUAUCAGUUGAAUGAAAUCCAACCGAAAAUAUUAAAUUAUUUAACAUUACAUAAUAAUAAUAAUACUGUCUCUACUACCACUACAACUACUACUAAUUAUCAUAAUAGUAGUAAUUAUAAUUCCAUGCAUACAUCAUCAAUCGAUAUUAAUGAUUCUUAUCAUUCCGCUAAUUGUUUAAUCAAUACUACUAAUUUACAUACUCAAUCUAGUUUAUCAUCAUCAUUAUUUGCUAGUGAAGUUGAUGAAAUGAAUGCAUUAUGCGAUGAAAUUGAAGAUAUUUAUUUUUAUGUACGUAAUGGACAUUUUCCAAUGCAAUCUCAUUCAUUAUCUUCUUUAGUACAUCAUAGUCAACAUCAUCAUCGUCAUCAUUAUGAAAAGAGAAAUACAUAUUUGAAUAAUAAUUCAUCAGCGCCAAUAUCUCCACGUUUAAAUAAAUUAAUGAAUAAUACUAAUAUGACUAAUCAAUAUAUAUCGAAUAAAAUAAUCAAUAAUCAAUCAUUAAUCAAUGAACAUACCAUAGAAACUAAUAAUACAAUGGAAAAUAAUAAAAAAUAUUAUAAAAAUUUAGAGGAUAAUUAUUAUCAAUUAAGUAAUAUUCCAGUGAAAAUUACUAGUAAAGCACCAGUUUUAUUGAUUCGUCCUAAACCAUGUCAUGAUUAUCAUCAUCAUCAUCAUUAUCAUCAUCAUCAUCAUCAAAUAGAUGAGAAUGAAAGAAAGGGGAUUACUCAGUUAACUUAUACAACUAAUCAACAUAAUAAUUGUCAUACUGCUACUACUACUAUUACUGAUACUACUAUCACUACUACUACUACUAGCACUACUACUGAUAAUAAUAAUAAUAGUAAUAGUAAUAAUAAUAAUCAAAAGUCAAGUUAUUUCAAUGUAUAUGAUAUGAGUUAUGGUAAUUAUUCGUUUACUGAAACACCCAUUACAACGAAAUCAUGUCAUCAAUCCAUUCAAUCAUUAUCAUCAACUAUAAAUGAUCAUAUAAUUAAACCUAGUCAAAUUGUAGAUAGUAAACCAUAUGUCUUGUCACAUACUUUCACCCCAAUUACUACUAUUGAUAAUAAUAAUAAUAGUACUUGUCGAAAUGGUAGUUCAAUGGCAUUUACUCCUUUGUUAUAUUCUUCAACUUCUUGUAAUUAUCCUAAUAAUGAAAGUUUCCCUCAUUUUACAACAACAUAUGAACGUGGACGUGUUAAUUUCACUGUACCAUCAUUGUUACAAGCGAAUACAACGAUAACAACUGGAUAUUAUUCCACUCAAAAUAUUACGAAAUUGAAUAGUGAUAAUAAUAAUAAUAAUAAUACUAUUUCAUGUACAUAUUUAGUUAGUCAAUCUGUUCAACAACCAUCAUAUUCUGGUAUGUUUUCAUCUUAUUGUUCAUAUCUACCUGGAUUAACAACAACAUCUUGUUCUAAUAUGAUGAAUCGUUCAUCGAAGCCAUUGGUUACGACAUCAGCAUUGAAUAUAUCAUCAUCUAAACAUAAUUGUAUAUAUGAUAGAAAUGAUAAUAAAAUAGAAGAAUGUAUUUAUGAUGAACCAAAGGAAGAAUAUUAUUCAAUAUCAACACCAUUGAAACAACAACAACAAUGCAAGACUACUUGUAGUAAUAAUAAUAAUAUGAAUACAGACGUAUUAAAUAAUUCAACAUAUGAUUAUGGAUAUAAUUUGUCUUCAUCGAAUCAUCACAGUAAACGUCAUCUUAGUUUAUCCUCAUCUCACAUUCAUCCGUCUAUCAGUCGUGAAAGUAAUAACUCUUUGGGAAAUGUUUGGACUUCCUCGUUUUCUGUCAAUAAUAAUAAUAAUAAUAACAAUAAAACCAGUGUUUCCACUACUACGAAUAUCAGUAAAAGUAGUACUAACUUCCGGUCGAUUAGUAAUAUGUUCAACGACAAAAUGACUACUGCAGUGAAUUGUAUACAAAUUAUUCCAUCCAUCAGUAUUCCAUCAAAUGUUAUUCCUCAUUCAACGAUCACUAGUGCUACUACUACAACUACUAUUAGUAAAAAUAAUAACAAUGUAGGUUAUUAUUUCACAUCACAAGAUCAACCUUCUUCUAUGACAGCAAGUUUUCGUCAUCAAUCUGCACAAAAUUCCUCCUCAUCAAUACAACCACCACCACCUAUGCCACUGUUAUAUCCGUCACCAGUAACAACGAGUCAAACAUCUCGACUGUAUCAGUCCACUAUAAUAUCUCCAUCCAUUGACAGGAAACAAAUCACUGCACGACCAUCGUAUAAACAUGUGACUUCAACUACAAAUUUAGAUUUCGGUAUGCAUCAUAAUCAUUCAACAAUUCCUUCACCAUUAUCCACUAUGUUGUUAUUACAGUCGCCUAAACUUAAACGUACUGAAUUAACUAAUUCAUCACCAGACACAGGGAUCGGUAUAGAAAGUACAUAUGAUCAGCAAACUACUCCUUGUACAGGUGGAUCUUUUAUGCCUUUAAAUGCAUAUCAUCAUUCAUUGUCUUCAUCAAAUAUGGCUGUUUGGUUACCAUCUGAACAACAUUGUCAACAGUGUAAUCGAGAAGAUUCUAUUACUAAACCUUCUACAAUUAAUAAUCGCAAUAUCAGUUAUCAUAAUAGUCCAGAUAAACAUUUCACUUCAUGCAAAUUAACAACUUUUCCUGUACAAAACAAUCAUUUGAUGAAUUCCACUAUGCACAUUACGAAUACUACUAAUAAUCAUAAUAGUAAUAGAAAUCAACAAUAUGCUUAUCAAUUUUAAAUGAAUUACAACUAGUAAGCUCAGUCAUUUGUCUUCCGAAUAGGAUUUGUUCAAUAUCUUUAUAUAUUGACGGAUAACCUUAUUAGAUGUAGAAUAUAUAUAUUUGUAUAUGUUGAUUUCCGGUUUGUUGGCAUACCUUCCUUCAUUUCAGUACUAUGAGAAACAUGUAUACAUACACAUAUACAUAAUCCAUACAGAUAUCAGGUGUUUGUAUAGUCUGUUGUUCUGUUUAUUUCAAGACAGUUCCUUUUUUCAAACAUACUCAUUCUAUUUGAGUAGUAUACCUAUUUUAUUAAUGUACUUCUUUAACUCUCUACCCACCCCUCUCACUUAUUAUUGCCUUUAUUUAAUCAAUUUUAUUGCUAUGCUUACAAUUUAGUUACCAUGUCACUAUCAAUAGUAAACAUUAUUUAUUGCUAAUUAUUAAAAAAAAAACAACUAUACUAACAUCAAUGGCAUAGCCUUAUGAUGAGCCAUUGCAUAUCUUUCUACCUUAUAGUUUUAUCGUUUCAUUAUGAUCCUUAUGGUUAAAAUACCAGCAAAUUUUUGAUCGACUAAUGAAGAUUCAGAUCUUUUUUUUUUCUAAAAAAAACCUUGUUCAUAUGUAUAUGUAUAUGUAUAUGAACGAGUAAAGGGACACAAAACAUACAUGAAUACAUUUUCCCAUAGAUAUAGACAGAAAUGAAACAUUAAUAAUAACUCAUGGAGUUAGUUGCCUUGUAUUUAUUUCCACCUAUUAUUCCAUACAGAUAUUUUACAGCUAUGAUCACUAUUGACAAAAGGAAUAGUAGUGUAAUGAAUGCUUUUGUUGCCUUGUUUCUUCUCAUUUUUGGUCUUCGUUCUCUUUUGUUUUUGUUAUUAUCAUUACUUUGUGUGUGUGUGUGUGUGUGUGUGAGGCGGUCAAUAUUACAAAUGGAAGUAGUAUUGAAGAUAUGUUUUUAAGAAAUAUAUUUAUGCUUAUAAAAUACAAUGCCAUUUUUAAUUACGGACUAAAAGAAGUACUAUAUGUCUGUCUGUCUGUCUACCAGGGAAGUCUCACUCACUGCCUCCUCAUAGUGGGGGUGUUGUUUACGGAAAUGAGAGGACGAAAAGCGAAUGUCCGGUGCUUUAACCGGGUUGGUGGUUAUGGAAAGUCCACCUAGGGGAGUUGGAAAACCCUGAUUCCAAACCAAUGGUGUACAUGGGCUCCAAUAUCCUCAAGGAACAAACGGCGUAUGAACCAAUCGUUGGUCACCGGCUACCGUGGGACUGUAUCUCCUCACGAUGUUCCAUUGCCUUGUGGGUUUAGACCUUUAGGUCAAAGGCUUGGGGUGUGGUCCCCUAAGAAAACCAUCUACUUCGAUUUGGUCACUCGAGGUGUGUAACAGCCCUCACACAAAUCUAAUGAGAUUUGUGUGGCGCAUAUGUAUCCACUGCCCCCUUGUACCAAAUUCUAUGUGUUCAAAUAAAUAAAUAAAAUAAAGCCAAAUAGGUUAAUUGAAGAGCUUCAUAAAUUUGAACAUACGUAAGCUCGUAUGAAGAUGAGAGUUCUGUCGUGGCCAGUAACUCAAUCAUUAUAUAAUGCUGUUUCAUUAAGUGAAUAACUGUUGACUGGAGUUAGGCAGUUUAGUAGGUUGUAUAAAAUUGAACCAGUCAUUAAGUGAAGAAUCUCAAUUUCAAGUUCUACUGUCAGUAAUGGAAGUUAAUCAAUCAAUAUGAUAGUAAGAGAAAAUGUAUCAACAGAGAAGAAUUUCAGCAAAGAUGGAUAUUGGUUAGUGGUGGAAUCCAGAACGCUAAUUUCGUUCUAUUUGGAACUCGUCAACCGGAUGUACCUGCUUCCCAAAGUUGAUGUUCAUUCUGGGUUCGAGUCCUUCGUAGACUUUACUAUCCACAUUUUUGGGGACGUUAGAUCCCCAAAACUCAUAUUUUGUAAUUUUAUCUUUGUAGAGCUUGUAUGCAGAUGUAUGCUUGGGCAUUUCUUACCACCCACGCAAUUAGUCGAUCGACGAACUUAUCGACUAAAUGUUUAAAACUUCCAUGGCAAUAUCAAUUAUAUAUAUUUUGUAUAAAUACGCUUGAUUUGUGUGCUUGAUGGACCUGGUAUCUUCUGGUUGUCUGUAGAAUACACUUUCUGCAUCUUACCAAGACUUCUGGAUCAAGUUAGCUGAGUCGACAACAACGAACCAGCACAGCCUAUCGAGUCUCUGAAUCGUUGAUUCUUCGUUCCGUUCCGAAUAAGACGAACCAGUAGUAGCAUUCAAGUUUAACGAACAUAACAAUCUUUGCUUAAAAAAGCUUGUGACUUAAGGCAAUAUCGAGGCAUUCCGCACAGGAUGCACAUAUGCCAACAAGAGACUGAUCAAUCUCAGUCCUAAAUAACAAUGAGAAGAUACAAGUAAAACAAAACCAAGUGAAUUUAGAGAAGAAUUUGAUUUCCAUUAUUUUUUUUCAGAACUGAAAUCGAUUUUGAACAGUCCCAAAUGAAGUUAUUGUUGUGACUUUUGCCCAUUGAAUGUCACAUGACUUAUUCUUUAAUCCGAAUUCGAAUCAUACAAUUUUAGUACUGUGCCAAAACAAUGACGUUUGACUGAUAUGAGCGGCUUAACGCCCUUAUUGACCCCUUUUCUGACUAGUUCUGCCCGUCCAGUUCAUAUCACUGAUACCAUAUUAAGAUAUAUGAUGUAUUAGUAGACAAGGUCCUGUCUCUAUUAUCAUAUCUUCGAGGUUUCGCAAAAACUUGUCAUCUUGAUGCAGAAAUAUAUUCAAAUGAAAUUGAGUAUUGCUGGGGUUGUUUGGGCACUCAUCAUAUCCUGGUUGCCAUUUUUUAUUUCGAGCAGUCUGAAAAUGAAAUUGGGUGAUAAGUGGUUUCUCAACUUGGAAGUGUAACAGUAAUGUUUAAAAUACAGCUAUUUGAAAUCGAUCAUAGACAACCGCUUUGUAAUUAGCUUUUAGUGUAUUACCGCCAUUCUUUUCGAAAUUUAUCAAUUGUGAUGUAUUUUUUAAAGUGGAUGUUUUCUUGUCGCUCUUUUGUUGUUGAAAUGAGCUAUCUCUGGAAGUUUUGGUUAUUCACGUUAAAACUCUUACUCCUAUUACACUCUAUUGAGGGUAAUGGUAUAAAUUUUUUCUCAGUCGGACCUUAAGUUUAUUCAUGUUUGUUUAACUACUCUCUGACCAGCCUACUUGACAAGCGUAUCCUUCUUUUUAAAUAAUUAGUAUCUAUGGAAAAGUUGUUUGGAUGACUUGUUGUAGUUUGAAACGAUAUAAAUGCAUCUAGUAGAUGAAUCCCAAAUCAAAUGAAACAUGUUUCUUACAUUCCAAUACUAGUCAUUGCUCAAUACGAUAGAAGAGGUGCGAAAUAUAGAAAGAAGGCUUUUCUGCAAGGUUCGUUUUCGUACAGAAAAUCUAGGGUAUUUGUAACAUUUUAGAUGGCCUUGGGCUUCUGAGAAAUUCUCGAACAUUACCAAACAUAGUAACAGUAUAAGUAACCAUCCAAUCAGAAAUUUGACAUAUAGCUUUUCACUUUUUAGAUGUUUCUGGUAAAACUUCUAUUCAAUGCUGAUUGGAUAAGAUGUUUCUCAGCGUUUUUAGAUCCCUUUUCGGAUUUUUUUCGAGGAAUUUUCUGGGUUUCCACAACAGCUAGAAUAAAGUUGUAUUCGUUAUUA